UUUCAUGAAUAUCUUUUUUUUAUGUGUAUUUUAAAAGAGCCUUCCUACCUAGGCAGGCUAAGUUGUGGUAUAAUUUACCCUCCUAGAUCACAUUGUGAGAUUUCACUGGAUAUAUUAUUGUUGUUGUAUGUGUAUUUCAAAAGAAUGUGUUUUUUACUUUUGAAAAAUUUUGGAAAAAAAAAAAAAAAAAAAAAGAAAGAAGAAGUUAGAGGGCUCCGUUGCAUUUACCUCAUUUUUGCAAUUAUUAUUUAUUUAAACAGGUUCUUUGUCGUCAAUUUUUUAUUUUAUUUAAACACUCCAUUUCAUGGCGUUACCUCCAAUCUUCUAUAAUAACCCGCCAAAGAAGAAAAGACUGCAAAUUGAGAUUUGUUAGUUAGAAACUAGCAUUGGAAAGAGAAAAAAAAAAUAAAAAAUCUAUGCCGCUAUUAAGCUCAUUGGAGUGUGAUUAUCCAUUAAUCGACUCCGAUUUCUGCAAAUUCUGUGCUUCUCACGCCAUUCUUUCAGCUCCGUUCAUGGAGUUUACUUAGAUUCGAAGCAGUUUAGGCUUGAGUCAAAAAUAAGUAAUAGAUAGACUUGCUGGUUCAUCGAAGAUCAGUUAAUUCGUAUUACAAUGGCGAAUGGUGUAGUGAAUGAAUCACAAACUCGAGCAGCAACUGGAAAUCCGCAGAUGCACAACAACUUGAAUGAAUCAACUGCAAAUGUAAGCAAUUCUGCAACAAAUGCAUCAGGAUCAAAUGUCGAUCAUACACAUCUUUUGUACGUUCAGUCGACUGAUACACCAGGUAGCUCACUGAUAACAUUACAAUUAAUUGGCUCAGAAGAAUUAUGCUUUAUGGAGUAGAUCUAUGCGUAUUGGAUUGCUAGGAAAAGGAUAACUAGGAUUCAUUGAUGGUAGAUAUCUUAAAAAUAGUUGUCCUUCAGAACUUCAUGAUUUAUGGGAAAAAUGCAAUGCUGUAGUGUUGUCAUGGAUUAUGAGUGCUGUUAGGCCUGGUUUGCUGAGUUGUGUAGUGUAUGCAUGUGAUGCUCAUAAGGUAUGGUGUGAACUGAGGGAGAGAUUUGACAAGAUAAAUGGAUCUCAUGUGUUUCACUUGCAUAAAGAGAUUCAUACCUGUGUCCAAGGAACAAUGUCAAUAUCUGAUUAUUUCUCAAAACUUAGAGAUUUUUGGAAUGAGUUUGAUGCUAUAAUGCCAUGUCCUGGUUGUUCAUGUCCUGAGUCAAUCAAGUUCAUAGAACACUUUGAGUAUCAAAGGCUGCUACAGUUCCUAAUGGGACUAAAUGAGUCCUACUCCCAAGCUAGAGGACAGAUCCUUAUGAUGUCUCCCACUCCAAGUUUGAACAAAGCAUAUUCACUCAUGAUAGAUCAGGAAAGUCAGAGAAGCUUAGCUAGUACUGCUUAUGCUAGCAUAGGUCCUGGUGUGAUUGAAGGCACAACUUUAUUUAGUCACAAAGGACACAGUAUUGGAGGUGGUCACACUGGUGGAAGUGGACCAGGAGGGGGAAACAAUGCACCAGGUGGAGGACAUUAUGGCAAUCAUCAAGUGAAGGCACAGAAACAGUUCAUUAUAUGUGAAGUGUGUGGGUACAAGGGACACACAAAGGAUCAGUGCUUUAAAAUUGUUGGCUAUCCACCUAACUGGAAGUCUAAGAAGAAGAAUGGACCAUAUGCUAAUCAAAUAGCAACCACACAGCCCAUAGCACAUAUGCCUCCACCUCAAGGGCAAACACUUACAGCUGGCUUCUUCACUCAAGACCAAUACAAGCAGAUCUUGCAGAUGCUCACUAAAGGAGGAGACAAUGCACCAGCUGAACACUCUGCCAAAGCUGCUGCUGCAGGAUCUCUACACUGGACAGGUCAGGGGGAUUGGUAGGGAAGAAUGUGGCCUCUAUAUACUAAGAGAAGGAAUAAAUCAAGCAGCACUUCAGGUGUUACAUCAUCAGUCAGCAAUUCAAGUACCAGUUACAUCUACAAGUGAUAUUGCCUAUGCAGUUAAUAAUGCAUCUAUUUCUAGUAGUUCUUUGUGGCAUAGAAGAUUAGGACAUGCUCCUGUUGAUAUAAUAAAGAAGCAUGACUGCUUUAAAAUGCUGAAAGUUGCUGAUCAUUUACAUUGUACUGUUUGCCCUCUUGCAAAGCAGACAAAACUAGCUUUUCCAUUGAGCUCUCAUGUGUCACAUGCUGCAUUUGAACUGAUUCAUUGUGAUAUCUGGGGUCCUUAUAGGGUGCCUACUCAUAGUAAUAAAAGGUAUUUUGUGACUAUAGUGGAUGAUUACUCAAGAUAUACUUGGAUUUUUUUAAUAACAUGCAAAUCAGACACUGUUGUAGUAUUGAGACAAUUCUUCACACAAGUGAAGAACAUCUUUUCUACAUCUGUCAAAACUCUAAGGACAGAUAAUGGGGGUGAGUUCAUUGGAAGUGCAUGUCAGGACUUGUUGAAUGAAUUUGGGAUCUAUCAUCAGACCACAUGUGUGUAUACACCUCAGCAAAAUGGCAUUGCUGAGAGAAAACAUAGAACCAUACUUGAUAUGGCAAGGGCACUGAGAUUUCAAGCCUCUAUUCCUUUAAGGUUUUGGGGUGAAUGUGUGGUAACUGCUGUAUAUCUGUUAAAUAGACUUCCCUCUAAGAUUCUCAAGUUCAAAUCCCCCUUUGAACUCUUGUACAAUCACCCUCCCUCUCUAGAGCAUCUGAGGGUAUUUGGGUGCUUAAGCUAUGCAGCAUGCCCAAAACUAGUUGACAAACUGUCCCCUAGAGCUAUCCCAGUUGUCUUUCUUGGUUAUUUAUCCAACCAAAAGGGAUAUCUUUUGUAUGAUCUACACUCCAAACAAUUCUUUAUAAACAGACAUGUAGUGUUCCAAGAGAACAUCUUUCCUUUUAAGCAUAUGCAAACUGCCUCAAAUCCCAUAUUUCCCGUCCUGGAUCUACUUUCCCCUGAGCUAAAUAAUACUAAUACUCCUUCCACUGAAUCUGUAUCUUCUUCACCUAUACAUACACCACCCCCAUCUGAUAUGUUUACUACAUCAGAGUUAUCUCCACAAACCUCACAAGUUCCUAGUGACUCUCCUUCACCUACACCUAGUCCUACAGUAGCUCCUGUUGCCACCAGACAAUCUUCCAGACAAAUUAAGCCUUCCCUAUGGAUGCAUGACUAUGUCAUGACCUCUACUUCCAACUCCUGCCUAUAUCCUAUAUCAAAUCAUGUCUCCUACCAACACCUGUCACCUGCUUAUCAGCAUGCUCUAUCAGCUUACUCUACUUUCAUUGAACCAACUUCCUUCAAAGCUGCCUCUCAGGAUCCUAUGUGGGUUGCUGCAAUGCAACAAGAAAUAGCAGCCCUUGAAGACAAUCACACUUGGAGUUUAGUUGACUUGCCACCAGGAAAAAAGCCCAUUGGUUGCAGGUGGAUUUACAAGAUUAAGUACAAGUCUAAUGGGGAAGUGGAGAGGUUUAAAGCAAGGCUAGUUGCCAAGGGGUAUAGCCAGAAGGAGGGUCUGGACUAUGGUGAAACAUUCAGUCCUGUUGCCAAGAUGGUCACAGUUAGGUCAGUCAUUGCUUUGGCUGCUGCUAAGCACUGGUUCAUCUAUCAAAUGGAUGUCCAUAAUGCCUUUCUCAAUGGUGACUUAGUUGAAGAGGUGUAUAUGCAAGUUCCUGAGGGGUUUGCCAGACAAGAGGGGAAUACUAAGGUCUGCAAACUUCACAAGUCACUAUAUGGCCUCAAACAGGCUCCUAGACAAUGGAAUUUGAAGUUAACUGAGUCCUUAGUGCAAAUGGGAUUCCAACAAAGUCACUUUGAUUACUCACUGUUCACUAGGAAGUCUGGGAGUGACAUUGUCAUUAUACUAGUAUAUGUUGAUGAUCUUCUAAUAACUGGGAACAAUGUUAAACUAUUAUGCAGUACUAGAAAAGACUUACAAAACAGGUUCAAAAUGAAAGAUUUGGGAGAGUUCAAGUUCUUUCUAGGCAUUGAAUGUGCAAGGUCAAGCAAAGGUAUUGUGUUAUCACAAAGAAAAUAUGCCUUGGAGCUGAUAGCUGAGUCUGGUCUAGGAGGAGCCAAAAAUGCUAGUACACCACUUGAGCUGAAUCAAAAACUCACUUCAGUUCAGUAUGAUCAAUGUGUUCCAAGCAGUAACAAGAUGAGCAAGGAAGUGAAAAGGAUCAAAGUAAGGAAGAUCAAACAGUAGUCA